UAUGAAUGGCAGGGAUGGGACGGGAGGCACGGGACGCGGGGAGGGUGAAGGGAAGGCUUUUUUCAGGCAGUACCACUCGAACCUCGGUCGGCGACGCGCGUGUCGUACGUAGAACUAAACGGAACAUUUAAAAUAUCGACGUGUUUGUAACAAGGUAAAUAAAAUGGAUCCGGCGCCUUUGUCGAAGACGGCGAAAUACAAGAAAAUAACGAAGCCUUUGCUCGAGAGGAAGCGACGAGCGCGAAUCAAUAGAUGUCUCGACGAGCUAAAAGAUCUCAUGGUCGGGGCUUUAGAGAUCGAUGACGACAACCUGAGCAAGUUGGAAAAGGCAGAUAUCCUUGAGUUAACUGUUAAUCACCUCACAAAGUUGCACAGGCCUAAAGAUCCCGUUAUAGAAGCGAAGAAGUUCCAAGCGGGGUUUGGACAGUGUGCUGCGGAAGCAUGCAGAUUUAUAAUGUCAGUUCCUGACUUAGAUUCGAAAGUGAGUCAGAAUCUGGUCGGACAUUUAUCGAGGCUGAUUACGUCAGAGCCUUUGACUAUUCAAGUACCAGAAAGACCCACGUUUUCACCACCCGUUUCGCCAUCCUCUGUUGUGUCUGACCGACAUCAUUAUUACAGCGACCACGAUAGAUCUUCUUCAGACGCUGAAGAUUCAGUUUACUCAGACAGCGCUUCCAAACAGUGGUCGUACACGCGCCAAAAUAAACAAAACGCGCCUAUUGCUGGCCUACUGACUACAGUUGACAAAUUGGCACCACACCACACAGAACACGGCCCAGUGAAUGGCCACCGAAACGGGGCGUACUUCAACAAAGUCCCAGCUGAAGCCAAAGACAUUAUAUUGCAGAAAAUCAGACAACACAUAAUGGACAAACGCGGUCAUGAAAACAUUUCAAACAUCGACUUGAACGCUAUCCCCGAAGUACAUCCAGAACAGAGAUACGUUCGCGAAGAAAUGUACAGAGAUGACGCCGCGUAUUACCCGCAAAGUUACCCGAACAACAACGACACUUUGGAUCUAAGGAAAGUCCGCUCACCGGCAAAACCAACGAACGUAACACAUUCGCCAAAAGAGCAAGCUGCAUACGAAACGAUCAAAGAAGUAGAACCGACAGUAGAAAGAAAAUUACCUAUUCCAGAACAAUGCGAAUUACCUAUGGAUUACAACAAUUUGCCGCCAAAAAAGAAAAGGAAACUGAUCGAGUACCAGGAAUACAAAAAACAAGAGGAGGCGAGACGGCAAUUAGACGCUUACUACGCAGAGAAAAGAGACCGACUUGAAGGACCGGUGGACCACGACAUAGAAGCCAAUAAGUGGCGUCCUUGGUAGAUCUUUCAUAUAAGUUAUCAACAGUAAUUUGAGAAACUAAAACUCAGCAUACCACUUGAAGACUGAAGUCCGUUAUUUAGAGAUAAGUAAUAUAAAUGAAGACCCGUAUGAGGUUUAUUAUUUAGGUUCGUCCCUUCUCGUGCGAGGAAACUAUUGCGGCGAUGAUAUUUAAGGGAUGAUGCCAUACAAAAUCCUCACAAUUCUGCUCUUGUUAAUGUUAAUAUAAUGCGAUGUUUUAUUGAAUCGAUUGCAUUAUUGAAGUUGACUUUUACAUUGUGAUAAUAAUUCUUCCAUGACAAAGCUUUAAUUCGUUAUAAAUUAUAAAUAUUAGUUGUUAGUUCACAGAUGUGCCUUAUUUAAGAAAUUUAAUUUACUAAGUUUAGUACCUAUAGUAAGUUAGUUGUAUAAAUUAAAGAUUUUUCACAUGUAUAUGUGCCAUGUAUGUUGAUCUCUAUGUCUUCCCAAUAGAUUUGAAAUCAUUUUACUAUGAUUGAGAAUAUUCUUGUGUACUUUGUUAUAUUGAUUAUGUUGAAUUAAAUCUCGAUAUUGAUGAUUUAGACAAAAAUGAUAAAUGUUUUUAUACGAUUGUGCUAUUCAUAAUUUUUGAUGUGUAUUAAAAAAUACAAAACUAAUAACCUAUAUAA